CAUGUGCUGAUGGUGACAGAGAGGGACGGCGCACUGUAACCUAAACUAGGACGCGUCGAUGGGAGCUGCCGCGUCUGGAAAAAUAAAGGAUACCGCAACAAACUUUGUGUUUUGAAUCAAUUAUUUGCCCCUCCAUGUAUAAUCCCUCUCAGAUGGCACCGGACACUUUGUAUAUGGAGAGACUCUUCUCUGAGCAGGUCUGUGAGCUGUAAGUUCAACACUGAGAGGACCUGCGACAAGUUGGGGAUAUGGCAGACAUUUUGGAGCUGCGCACAGAUGGAAACUCUCUCCUGAAGGCAGUAUGGCUCAAACGAUUAAGACUCACCAGGCUCCUGUUGGAAGGAGGUGCAUACAUCAAUGAAAGCAAUGAACGUGGAGAGACGCCCCUCAUGGUGGCAUGCAUGUCGACACACUCUGACCAGCAAAGUGUGACAAAGUCAAAGCUUGUCAAAUAUCUGCUGGACAACCAAGCAGACCCAAACAUACAGGACAAGACGGGCAGGACAGCCCUAAUGCAUGCCUGCAUCCAUAAGGCUGGGCACGAGGUGGUGAAUCAUCUGCUAAGCAACGGUGCUGAUCCCAGUCUGGAGGACAGGAGUGGGGCCUCAGCUCUGGUCUAUGCCAUCAAUGCGGACGACAAGGAGACGUUAAAGUUGCUUUUGGAUGCAUGCAAAGCUAAAGGAAAGGAAGUAAUCAUCAUCACUACAGACAAGUCACCGUCCGGCACUAAAACUACCAAGCAGUAUCUAAAUGUGCCGCCAUCUCCAGGGUUGAUCGAGAGGUCAUCUCCAGAAUACUGCACCUCUCCCUCUGAUGUCAACGUCACCGCAUCUUCCACAUCUGAGCAAGAGCAACAAAACACAGUCUUCAGUUUCCAGACAAAGCUAAAAACUUCUGUCGCAGCAUCAAAGCUCACAAAUGGACCCACAUCCCCAACUCGCCGGCCAGCAAACCCGAAGCGAGCGCGUUUGCCUCAGCUGAAGCGGCUGCAAUCAGAACCCUGGGGCCUGAUUGCACCCUCUGUCCUUGCUGCAGCUGCUGCCCAUGAGGAGAGUAAGAAAGCCAGCUCUGAUGAAGAUGUUGUUGCCGGGGUGAAUGGACUCUCUCUGAAUAAGAGAUCCGCUUUGUCCCGGCAGAGCAGCGUGGAUGGGAAGGAUAGCCUUUUCCCACUGGUCGGGGACCAACCGUGCAAAAUGACAACCUCAUUAUCAGUCCCGCCAACAUCUAAGCCAUCAUACGAAAGAUCUCUCGGACAGCACCAGCCGCUGGCUCGCCGCAGUACCGUGCCCACGGAGCAGGAGAACGGCAGCAGCUCUAGCAGUGGACAAGUCAACCUCAGAGACACGUUGCACAGGAGACGUCUGGGAAAUGAUCACUAUGACUCAGACUCGCAGCUGUACUCAGACUCUGCCAUGUUAGACUCUCCUAAAGUCCCAGUGGAGCGAAGAAAACUAAACACUUCUCCACUUGCCAUGCUUACCAGUUCUAGAGAAUCUCUUGACAGCAAUGCAAGCACCUCCUCUCCAAGCACGGUGCGAAGGCGUCCACCUGGCCUCCUGGAGAGGAGAGGCUCUGGCACACUACUAUUGGACUACAUCUCCCACACUAGGCCCGGCCAAUUGCCCCCUCUCAAUGUUAACCCAAAUCCACCCAUUCCUGAUAUUGGGGCCAGUAACAAGCCCUCUUCACCCCUUCUAGCAGGUAUUAAAUCUAUAGCCCCAGUAGCACCAAACACACCAAAGACAGGAGGUCUCAAGUCAAAGAAGAAACUUGUAAGAAGGCACUCUAUGCAAGUGGAACAGAUGAAACAGCUUUAUGAUUUUGAGGAGCCUCCACAUUAGUUAGGUAAGAUGUUAAUGCAGCAAAUACUGUGGUAGUAGAAACAAAAGCACUCUAUAAUGGCAGGAAGUACAUCCAUAGGUUCAGCUGUGUGUACACAUGGCUAUACAGAUGUUGAAUAAUGUAUAAUUUAAAACAAAUAAAUCUACAUGAAUAUAUAUUGAAUCUAAGCAAUAUAGAUAGAUUUCUUUCCUGGGUUUCACCCAGAUUAAGGAUUAUCUUUACAACAUUCCUAGUAUAUGUAUUACUUUUGAAUGUAAGUGUGAAUACAUUGUACUCUUUUUGCCAAAUGGUCUUUAACAUGAUCAUAUAAUUUAUGAGAAACAUAGCAAGGUUCAUUUUGUAGCCAGCAGGCCACUUGGGUAAACUUUGGAAAGUUUCAUGACUCAUUUCUCUGGAAAAAAAUACAGGAGCGAUACACUUCUCUGAGAUGUAGCUUUGAAUGGGGUGAAACCUGACUGUUUGUAGCAAUUUUGUAAAAAGUGCCUUCAAGCAAAAGAAACAAAAAAAGAGAAAUGAACAGAUAUAUUUAUUAUAUGAAGGCAUUUAUGUUCAUGAAUUUAUAAGGAUAGUCCUACUGAAUUUUUGAAGUGAUAUUCUGUUAAAGGGAUAGUAAUUAUUUUCUUACCUGAAGAUAAUAAUUCUUUUUGUCUUUAUUAAGUACAAAUCCAGAUUAUUAAAUUCCUGAGGAUGAAGUUAAAUGGUAAUAUCAAGAGAGAUCAUAGCAAGUGUCAUAAAGGAACUCACAUCGAUAAAAUGUCAUAGCAAUUUUAUGCCAGUAAUAUUUAAUCAACUUUUAAGCUGUCAUUAAGUUUGCACUGGGCAGUUAUUUACAAACAUGCUAAAGUUAAUUUACAAAAAAAAAUUAUAAUAAUAAAUCAAAGCUGGAGGUUGUGUGCCGCAAAUUACCUUCCUGUGUGAAACACUUACGGCUAACAUUUGCGCUGUUUGUGACAUUAUGGAUCAAGGUUUAGUUGACUUAGGAUGAAUUUUGACUUUAUAAAGAUUUUGUAAAGAUAUUUACUGCUCAGCAGAAUCUCACUUCAAAAAUAUUGAACUACCCUUCAGCAAUGUCUACAUUAGUCAUUUGACAUAAAGCAAAACAAAGACAAAGAAUGAGUGAACAUGAUAUUAAUCAACAUUAUGCCUUAUAGGCAAGACAAUAGGCUAUGAUGUUUGACAACAUUUUAAUGCUCAUAAAAAAUGUCAACCUUAGCAGUGUUAAAAAAAGAAAGUCUAAUGAAAGCUCAUGUCUUAAAUGUUUUUUCAUGUAAAAGCAGAUAAUAUAUAAAUUCCCAGUCUGCGUAGACACUGGUGAAAUGUCAUUUAAUGACAAUUUAAGGAUCGUGCAGCUUCCAUGUAACUUAUCUGUGAAGCAGUGCUACUUUUUAAACAGAGAAAAUACAACAUAGCUGAAUAGAUAGUAUUUUUGCAAGUAGUUUGUUGUACAUUCUAAAUAAAUGUCUAUCAAACAUGAA